AUGUUUUUGAUAAAAGAGGAGGCUAUUAAAAAACUGCAAGAUGAUCUGCCGAAUACUAUCCCACGUCUGAUUGGAACAUUGCAGGUUCAUCAUGUAUUUACAGAUAAAAGAAAUAUUGUAAAAUAUAGAGAGCUUUCCUGCUUUUGUAAAUUUACAAAGAGAGGUUUUUGCAACUGCCUGAACCCCAAAACGUACCAAGUGAAUUUUAAUGCCGCUAAGCAGUUAAAUGUAGACCCUACUAAGCAAAUCCACCUGCAAAUCCCCGAACCAAAAAGACACGAUGUUCUAGAUCCAUCAGAUGAAGAUGUCCCUCUUGCCGUGUUGAAGCAAAUCCAAAAUAUACCAUCCCAACGAAGUAUUUAUCGAGCUGUCUAUGGAUCUUCAUCUGAUAGUGACGACAAGUCACAAAUUGAUAAGGAAAAUCGUAAAUCGAUGGCUGUAGAUGAUAAAUUUCGUUUUCAAAAUGUCCAUAUAGAGGAGGACCAAGUAGCUUCCACUAGUUACGACAAAAUUUCUCAACAGGCUUUGUCCUCUAUAGAAGAAGACGGUGAAAUUAAAGUUAUGUUUUUACGGGUAGUUAGUAAUGAUGCGAAGAAGUUCAGAGUAGACGAAAAGGAUAUCAGCUACGUAAAUUAUGAAGAUGUUAUUAGCAUCUUGCCGGUACCAAGCCUUCUAGAAAAAGAUAUGUAUAAAUUUACUGAUUCCAUUGAUAUUUUUGAAAAAUAA